GGGUUUUGUGAUCCCCCAGCCGCGUAGAGCAGCUUAUCUUCUCUUCCUUUGUGUUUAAACCGUUUUCAGUGCACUCUCUAGGACCGGGGACGCUGGAGAGACCGGGGGAGGCGUAUUUCUCUUAUUCUGUACUCAUGUCUGUGGGACCAGAACCGGACUUCUCCAAUGAUGAGGUGUUUGGCAGCCGGUUUCCCGUCCACCGCGCCUGCCGGGAUGGAGAUGUUGGAGUUCUGGUGUCACUCCUCCAGCAGCUCUCAAACCGGACUCAUCUGACUGCCGAGGACUCCAGUUACGGAUGGACCCCCUUACACUGGGCUGCUCACUACGGACAGGUAGGGAUUAGUCAACUAUGAGCUAGAUUAAGAGAUUUACCCCCAGAGGAAGAGUCUUUAUUCACCGUAAAACUCUCAUUCUGACUGAUUUAUGUUCGUCUUAACUUACGGUAACUACGCUCUGCUUCAUUUAAUCUACGCAAAACUUAAAUCACAGCUUCGCUAAUUGUUCCUGCAGAGGUUUGAAGACAUAGUUUGGCUGUUCCAAAAGAUUUGUGCUUAAAUAAAGCUUGUAAUUGAAAAGUCUACCGUAGCAGAAGCACCCGCCGUUUUUCUGUUUUAGCUCAUGUAGCCGCUCCAAUAUGCAUGUCUGUUUGUUACUGUACAAUAAAGUUUUAAGGUUUGAAAAAAUAUUAAAUAAAUAAGGUAACCGGUUAGAGUCAUUUCAUUGGUUCGCGGGAAGCCAAUCAAUGAUCAGGCGCCAAAACAUCCACAUAAAACCCGGAAUUAAACGUAUUGAAAGUAUGUAAUAACUACAAACAAAGUUCAUUUACGUCGAACAUUUAAGGUUGAAGAAAAAGAUAUUUAAUCGUUAUAUCUUCCUAUUUUUUUUUUUAAAGAGGAGUAAAUCAAUGUUUUUACAUACUUACAAACAGUAUUUUUACAACUUUUAAUGUACUUUUUGUCAAUUAAUGGAUUAAAAUGAUUGAAAAUGUGCUAAAACAGCUCCACAAAUCCCAGCAUUUAAUAUCAGUACUAGAAUCAGCUUUAUUGGCCAAGUGUGUGUACACAUACAAGGAUUUUAACUCCAGUAAACUUUGCCCUCAGUGUACAAACAUUAAACAGGAAACGUUACAAAGCGUGUUACAAAGAUUACAUGUAUGUACCAUGUAUGUAUUAUAUGAUAAUAAAUGAAAAUUAUAAAAAAACAUGGAAAGAAGACUCAAAGGUAACAAAAUAAAGUUAAAUACGAGCUAGAAAUUCACUUUGUUUUCCAGUUUACUUUUUUAAGAGGAAUGUAAAAGUUAGUUAAACUUUUUUUUCUUUCUAAGGUAGAUGUACUAAAUUAGUUUGCCACUUUUUAGGGUGGAAGUUAAACCAGUGUUUUUUCCAGACUUUUUUGGUUUAAAUACAAUCAUCCAUUCCUCCAAAAUAAAAUAAAAUAGAAAAAAAACCUUUUGCUAAUAAUGGAUAUUUCCUUAUAAAUUAUUCUCAUUUUAAGUAAUUGAUGGCACCUCUGCCAUGGUUGUUUCUGAGCUUAAAAUAUUUUACAACAAAAUGACCCCAAUCUAACAACAUUUAACAGAGUCCAAUUGAUAUUUAAAUGAGGGAGAUUUCUAACAAUGAAACUCAAUCAGUGCUCCCCAGGGGGUUCCUUUCAGUAUUCACAGAUGAGAGCUCUUGAUGCUUGCUUAUUCAGAUGUCUUUAACCCUCCUGUAUUUGACCUGUCUUCUUUACUUUGUGUGCGCACAGCUGGAGUGCGUGGUGCACCUUGCGCAGAUGGGUUGUGAUGUGAACACAGUGACCAGCCGCUUCAAUCAGACUCCUACACACACUGCAGCGUUUGGGGGACAUCCUCAGUGUGUGGUGUGGCUGACUCAGGCUGGAGCUGACGUCAACAGGCAGGUCAGUCAACAAACACCAUCCAACAAUAGCCAGAGAGUCAUAUAACACAGUCCUGUACAUAAAUGUGUCAAAUCUAAAAUGGACCUGUUUCUUAUCUAUGUAACACCACUGAAAACAUAUCUGUGGUUUCAUUUAUGAAUAUGGACACUGGAAGGUUUGAACCUAGAUAAUUUUUCUAUGAGUACAUAAGCAAAUAAAUCCUCUAUAGGUAUAUAUCCAACCCACAGUUCUAACUGGAAAACAAUAUUUUUAAUCAUUGCUUGAAACUUUUCGAGUGCAUCUUGUGCUGUAAUCUUUAGUAGAGUAGAAAUACAGGACCUACCACAAAUUUUACUUAGCGUAAGUGGAGCCAAGUUUUAUUUUUAGGUAUGUUAUUAUAAAACCAAAAAGCUUGACUUUACUUUUGGGUAAUUAUAAGUGACCGUUUGGACUCAAGACAUUAAUUCGGUUAUUUGUUUUUAUCCUGACAUCUGACAUUUUCCAUGCACACUUUUGCAUUUGUAGAAAAAAUCCAGCUGAAAAAGUACCCCUGGUACUGCACAAAAAGGUCUUGUGAAAUAAGAUUAUAAUUCUAUCGACUUCUAUCGAUUCCUAUGUAAACUAUUCAGGAGAAUUAAAACUGAAAGGUGAGAUGGUUCAGAGAACCACAGAUAUAAACACAUACCACAUAAAAUAGAGGGGUAAAGUUCUUAAAAUCUUAAAUGCUCCGGUUUAUUCAUUAUCUCCACAUAGUCAAUUACAUUAAUAGCCUUUAGUACAUUACCUUUAUAGAUUUUUUUUGUCACUGUGUCUUCAGGAUUUCGUAGGUGAGGCUCCCAUCCACAAGGCGGCUCGCUCGGGCAGCUUGGAGUGCAUCCAGGUCCUGUUGAUAGCAGGUGCUAAACCAUAGUGAGUAUCCUGCAGUCUGUUCCCCGUGAGUGUGAAGCACAGCAGCAGCAGCUACACAUCCUCCAGGCAGGGGAAGUGCAAAGUACCUGUGGAGAUAGAGCUGUUUAAAAGCCUCCAGACUCCAUUGAAAAAGACAUUAAUUUUACCUCCCAAGACAAAGAAGUUUCUUAUUUAAAGAUAUCUUUGUUGGUUAGUCAUUUUUGUGUCAUUGUGCAACUGAAAUGUUCGUAACAGUUAGUUCUGAUCCCACAAAAUAUUUUUAUAUCCCACAAUCAUCCGAAAAAACUUAGGAGUCUUGGUAGCAACACAGACAAAUCCUCUGUUCUGAACAGGUAAAAUGACUGUUUUUGUGAAUGAAGUUUGGUGCCUUUUGAAAGAACAGUUUAGCAUCUGUUUCUGGUUAAAAUGAGUGAACUUUUCUUUCACAAAGCUCUGUGUCUGUAGAGAUCCUGUAAAGCUGUGAGAAUAAUAAUCUGAGCCUGUCAGGGACAAAAACAAGGACUUUUUAGAAACAUAUUUAGAUCAGGCGCAUUUGUUUCCACAUGAAACUUUUUUCUUCUUUUUCGCUACUUAAAACACAAAGGAUGCAUAAAAAAUAUAAAAAUGUGUAAGGGACAGUUGAUGUUCUGAGUGUCUUUACCUUUCCAGCCUCAGGGUGUUUCUCAGUCAGAGACAAUGAAAAGGGUGGAGAAACUUGUAACACCUGUUGCUUUUAAUUAGACACGUUUUUUUGGUCUGAAAAUACGGCAUCUUAUCAUUUGAACUCAUGUUUUUUUAGCUGCAUUUGGACCAUGUUUUCUAUUUGGCAAAGAAAACAGCGGUUAAAACUCUUCAUGUGUUCUGACGUUUAGCAGCUAAUUCUUUUCACGGUCUCAAACUGAAAGAGCAGCUAAAACAUGUUUAUGUUCAGCUUUCUGGAGUUUCCAGGUCCUUCCAGGUCUUUGAGUCACUGAUUGAAAUGCAAAGACUGUACUGAUGAAGACGGUCAUGUCUGGUCCUGUGCGCUCAGCUAAUGUUUUUCGAUACUGCUCAAACAAACAUGAACUGAAAGGGCACGCCCAGAGGAGAAACUGCAGCUGGAUAAUUAUCUUAAAGUAGUGAAAGGGAAGAAGCUACAGUGGCCCUGAAGGUUCAGUGCACAAAAAAAAAAAAAAAAAAGAUGUGUCAUUUAAGGCAAAAACAUCUUAUCCAACUCAUGAAUAAUUAAUGAUACAUGAAACAUUUUAUAAAAAAUGCGAAAGGUUUCAUGACAUCCAAAAACAACUUUUAAAAAAGCAUUUUUAGAAAUGUAAAAGUAUUUCACUAAAAAAAAAAAAAAAAAAAAAAAUGUCAGGGGAUGAAGAAACAUUUCACAAUUUGGCAAAACUUUUCAUUGAUAAAUAAAUAAAUAAUCAUGCCUGCAAAAAAAUCUUCUUCAGUUUACAGAACGCCAGUGGGCAGACAGCGGCAGACCUGGCUCUGGCUCACGGCUUCCACGAAGGUUUCCUCCUCCUCUCCAAAACCCAGAAGCACCUGCAGCAGCUCGCUGGAGUUCACUUGAAUGGGGUGCAGAAUGGAAACGGUGCCCCCUGUGGUCAGGAGCUGCACAGCAGGAAGAGGCUGCUGAAUGCUGCAGAGAGUGGUCACAUGAAGAGAGCGAGGAGAGCUGAUGGUAAGACUUCAGAUGUUUGUUAAAGAGCCAUAAUGGUGAUGAUAGGAAGGCUGUUGUUUUAGUUUUUUUUUUACACUGUGGAGAUCUAUUAUGAGCUUUACUCCCCUUCUCUAAACUUCUUAUCCAAACUGUUCUCCACAUUUUUUUUCUCUUACCUAAGUUUUACCCAAAACAGCAUUUUUAUGUAGUUUUCUCACUAAUCCCGUGUCUCUAGGUGCAGACGUGGCAGUGCAGAUGCAUAAUGAAGAAGGCGAUGAGCUGGAGAGCAUGAACACAGAGUCUGCUCAGGAGAUGAACUCAGGUGGGAGAUAUUUUAACUAGGGCCCGACCGAUAUGGAUUUUUUGGGGGCCGAUACCGAUUAAUAGGGGGGGGGUCCGAUUACCGAUUAAUCAGCCAAUUUUUAAAAAUUUUUAUUAAGUUUUUAAGUUUCUGAAAAUAUUGGCGAAAGUUUUGGCCGAUUACCGGUAAGUCUCAAACGGGCUAAAAUUGGCUGAUUUAAGCGUCUCGCCGAUAAAUCGGUCAGGCCCUAAUUUUAACUCGUAAUAAUGUCGAAUGUUCUUGUUAGGCUAAAACUAACUCUCACACUUUGCCUUAAAAACAGACGAGGACACCAAAGCUUUUACAAACGGCUAUCACCACACACUGCCUUAUGACCAGGAGGCCUCCGAACCACAAAGAAGCCCCUCCCCUUCCCCUCCUCCAGCUAAUCAGCAGGCAGCCCCACCCUCUCAGCGCUCCUCCUCAGAAAUGUGCGGUUCCCUUCACCACACUGGCAGCCCCAGCAGCUGCGUGUCCCACCGCCCGACUUGGUGGGGACCGCUGGGAGGAGUGGACUACGGGAUGGACCUUCAUUUUGGACACUACCACGGUUUCGGAGACACGGCGGAGGAGUUGAGCAGCAGCAGGCUCGAUUACUGCAGCAGCGUCCAGGCCGAGCAGAGAUACAAGCAGGCGGUGGCCAGCAGCAUCCACCUCUACCACGGCUCGUAAAGGCAGAGGGUUCAACUCUGCAGAAAACAGGGAUCUCAUUUUAUUUGAUAAAGAACACAGUUUCAGAAAUAUAUAUGCUGCCAAACCUAGAGUCACUACUGCAGGAACCCACAGACCAGCAUUAAAGUCCUCUUCAAAUUUGUCCUCUUCUUUUCCUGACAAUCGUCAUCACCAGAAAGAGCCCAAAAGAGAAAAUAUGUCCUAAACAUGAAACAUAAAUUCUUCCCCUGCUCUCUAAAUUAAUACAAACAGUAUUGAAGAAGACUUUCAGCGAGCAAGCGAGAACAUAAACUCAACCAUCAGGGAAAUGUUUAAUAGAUGAAUAAAUCACUGCAAAGUUGGACCGUUUUGUCCAAAGCUUCUUUCUGCACCAGAAGAGUCGCCCCCUGGUGGCAAAUGUAAAGAAUGCAGGUGAAAAACUUGUCUGUAUUUGCUCCUCUAUCUAUAUUUUCCUCUAAUUUAACUCAGCUUCUCAUCCAUUAAUAUCAAAAUCUCAGAGUUUAGCUUUUUUUUUCAGAUUUGUCCCUAAUCCUUUACCAUAGAGGCGGCAGUUAUUAGGAUUAAAUCAGACAUGAGGUCACUUUCAUGAUGAUUCGGAAAGGCCUGCCGGCUGGACUCUGACUGGUUUGCACUCUAAAGGGCUGUCAGGCUGUGUGUGGAUAGUGUGUGGUGUUUCGUCUGUGUGUGUGUGUGUGUGUGUGUGUGUAGAGUAGUAAAGGUGUGUGUUGCCGUCCUUCAUCGGGGAGGAGAAAUGUAACUGACUAAAGAAACGCCUCGAUCUACCAAAGGGAACAGGUUCAUUUAAAUUCCUUUGUUAUUUAUGUUUUAGAGCAGAGGAGGGUCUUUAUUCAGAGCUCUACUGUCAUUGUAUUGAGUAGUUUUUGUUGGGGGGUAGUUUGGGGAUUUUUGUGAGUUAUAUAUAAAGAGUGUUCUGCAGACAUGCUGGGUGUAAAUGUGGACCAUGUGCCAAAAACAUCGACCACACUAAAGAUUGAUUUUAUACUUGCUCUGCUUUUUACUUUUCCUAUUAAAACAGUUUUGCAGUUUCAUACAA